GCUCUACAGGUUGGACACGUUGUGGUCGGAUCAGAUUUAGUUUUACCUGCCUGACUGGGAGCAGACGGAUCUCACCUGGGGGACAGCAAGUGCGCUUCUAUCGGCCGAGAAACCACCGCUCCGGGUCCGCUUUGAUCCUGUGAGACAUUAAUGACAACGUCCAGGGUCUGAGGCUCACUUUGGAUAAAUAAUUAACCUGACAACUCACGCCACAGUUUACAGAGGAGCUGACAUGAGGAGCUGAGCCGAGCGGCGGACUGCGGCUCCACAGAAACACACUGAGAGAGAGAGAGGAAACAAAAACAGGCCCGCAGGUGUGUUUCUGUGUGUUUUUCAUGUCAUUUGAAGAGGACCCACUGGGCUGUGAUCAUGCUGGGAGCGGAGAGCAGAGUGGAGAUCCGGCUGAAGAAGCUGGAGAGCCUGAUGAGGAAUCCACAGUCAGCGCUGAACCUGGAAACUCUGCUGGAUUCCAUAAACGCAUUGGCUCAUGACUUGAACUAUCCUGCCCUGCGGAAAAACAAGAACAUAGACGCAUUUCUGAGCAGAUAUGAGAAGGCGGUGAGUCAGCUGCGAGAGCUGCAGGUGAAGCUGGAAGAUUUUGACAAAGUGAAGCUGAUCGGGAGAGGAGCCUAUGGAGAAGUGCAGCUGGUCCGUCACAAGGCCUCCAAGAAGGUUUACGCCAUGAAGCAGCUCAGCAAGUUCGAGAUGAUCAAGCGGUCGGACUCGGCCUUCUUCUGGGAGGAGAGGCACAUCAUGGCCUUUUCCAACAGCCCCUGGGUCGUCCAGCUCUGCUGUGCUUUCCAAGACGACCGCCACCUCUACAUGGUGAUGGAGUUCAUGCCUGGAGGAGACCUGGUCACGCUCACUAUGAACUAUGACAUCCCUGAGAAGUGGGCUCGUUUCUACACGGCUGAGGUGGUUCUGGCUCUGAACGCCAUCCACUCCAUGGGCUUCAUCCACCGAGACGUAAAACCUGACAACAUGCUGCUGGACCAACACGGUCACCUCAAACUGGCCGACUUCGGAACCUGCAUGAAGAUGGACUCGACGGGUAUGGUGCACUGUGACACAGCUGUCGGCACACCAGACUACAUCUCCCCUGAGGUGCUUCAGUCUCAGGGUGGAGACGGUUACUACGGCCGCGAGUGUGACUGGUGGUCUGUAGGAGUAUUUAUCUAUGAGCUGCUAGUUGGUGAAACUCCUUUCUAUGCCGAGUCGCUGGUCGGAACUUAUGGGAAGAUCAUGAACCACCAGAACUCCCUCAUCUUCCCAGACGAUGUGGAAAUGUCUCAGGAUGCCAAAGAUCUCAUCUGUGCCUUUCUUACUGACAGGAAGGUUCGCUUGGGCCGCGCCGGAGUGGAUGAGGUCAAGUGUCACCCCUUCUUCAAGAACGACCAGUGGACCUUUGACAACGUCCGCGAGACUGUGGCUCCAGUUGUGCCAGAGCUGCACAGUGACAUAGACACCAGUAACUUUGAUGACAUAGAGGAAGAUAAAGGAGAUGCUGAGACCUUUCCUCCACCCAAAGCCUUCGUGGGCAACCAGCUACCAUUUAUUGGCUUUACUUACUUCAAGGAGGAUCAACUGCUGAAGAGAAAUAACAGCUGCUCUGUGGAGGAGUCUGAGGACUGCAAGGAAAGCUCAGAGGAUAAGGAGAAUAGUUCGGACAGUAAGAAAGAGCUGCAGAAAAAGUUUCAUCAGCUGGAGGAGCAGCUCGACCAUGAGAUGCAGGCCAAAGAUGAGCUGGAGCACAAGUGCAAAAACGCUACCAACCGUUUAGACAAGCUGGUCAAAGAGCUGGAUAAGGAGAUGAACAGCAGGCAGAGAGUCGAGGCCUCGCUGAGGCAGCUGGAGAGAGAACGAGUUCUGCUGCAGCACCAGAGCGCUGAGAGUCUACGCAAGGUGGAGAUCGAAGCCGACAGAAAACGCAGCCUGGAGAAUGAAUUGAACAAUCUGAGGGACCAGCUGGAGGAUCUGAGGAAGAGGAACCAGAAUUCACAGAUUUCCAAUGAGAAGAACAUCCAGCUGCAAAAACAACUCGAGGAGGCCAAUACUAUGCUUCAGGCUGAGCAGGAGGGAGUGGCGCGGCUGAAGAAGAGUCAAACGGAGGUGCAAAAACAAGCCCAGAGCCUCGAGGUCAGCCUCAGGGAGAUGCAGGAAAAGUGCAGCCAACUGGAAAACGGCAAGAUGGAGCUGGAGAAGCAGCUGAGGGGGCUGCAGGCCGAGCUGGAGGCGGAGAAAAGAGACCGCAACCUCGGGACAGAAACUAUUACCGACCUGCAGGGACGUAUCUCUGGCCUGGAAGAAGAGGUUAAAGAGGUGAAAUCAUCUCUCUCCAAGGUCCAGACUGAAAAGAAGGAGCUGCAGGAGAAGCUCAGUGAUCUUGAGAAGGAAAAAAGCAACCAGGAGAUCGACCUGACGUUCAAGCUGAAGUCGCUGCAGCAGAGUCUGGAGCAGGAGGAGGCCGAACACAAAGCCACCAAAGCCAAGCUCACUGACAACAACAAAAUCUACGAGUCCAUCGAGGAAGCAAAGUCUGAGGCCUUGAAAGAGGUGGAGUCAACCCUGCAGGAGGAGCGCAGCCUGAAGCUGCAGGUGGAGGGGAAGCUGCUGCAGCUGGAGAAGGAUCAUUCCAUGCUGGACUGCGACUACAAGCAGACGCUGCACAAGCUGGACCAGCUGCAGGCGCAGAAGGACAAACUUUCUGAAGAGGUGAAGCAUCUGACCUUACGCCUGGAGGACGAGAUCCACAAGCGGAGUUUAAGUCAGAGCGAUCUGAAGAUGCAGAACCAGCAGGUGUCUGUGCUGCGAUCCUCAGAGAAACAGCUCAAACAGGAGCUGAACCACCUGCUGGACCUGAAGCAGAUCCUGGAGAAACAGAACCAGGAGCUACGCAGGGAAAAGCAGGAGGCUGACAGCCAGUUGAAGGAGCUGAAGGACCAACUGGAAGCAGAGCAGUAUUUCACAACCCUUUAUAAGACGCAGGUCCGAGAGCUGAAGGAUGAGCGUGAUGAGAGGAACAAACUGUACAAAGAGGUGCAGCAGCGACUGGUAGAAUACCAGGAGGAAAGCGAUUCGCUGACGUCUCAGCUGGAAGCCAGUUUGACCAAAGCAGACGCCGAGCAGCUGGCUCGCUCCAUCGCUGAGGAGCAGUACUCCGACCUGGAGAAGGAGAAGAUCAUGAAGGAGCUGGAGAUCAAAGACAUGAUGGCGAGACACAAACAGGAGCUCAGCGACAAGGAGGCCACCAUCAGCUCGCUGGAAGAGUCCAAUCGCACCCUGACGGUGGACGUCGCCAACCUGGCCAGUGAGAAAGAGGAGCUCAACAACCAGCUGAAAGAACUGCAGCAGCAGUUCCAGAAAGCCAAGGAGGAGGAGAAGCAGAUGAACUCUCUGAAACUGUCCUUUGAAAAGCAGCUGCAGAAUGAAAGGACACUAAAAAUUCAGGCUGUGAACAAGCUGGCUGAGGUGAUGAACAGGAGGGAGACGGUGCGAGGAGGCCACCGCAGCAUCGACACCGAGGUGCACAGAAAGGAGAAGGAGAACCGGAAGCUGCAGUUGGAGCUGAGAGCAGAGAAGGAGAAACUCAACAGCACCAUCAUCAAAUACCAGAAGGAGCUGACGGAGAUGCAGGCGCUGAUAGCUGAAGAGAACCAGGUGCGUCUGGAGCUUCAGAUGGCGUUGGACAGCAAAGACAGCGACAUCGAGCAGCUCCGUUGCCAGAUCACCUCCCUCAGCGUUCACUCUCUGGACUCCACCAGCAUCAGCAGCGGCAACGACUUGGAUAUGGGUGACGGAUACCCAGUGCGCAUUACUCACUCUCACACCUCAGAAUCAAUGUCCUUCACCUACCAGCGCACACACAAAUCUGUCUGCAUCGACACUCGGCCCAACCUUGGCUCCGCUCGCACUCUCUUUGACUCUGACUCUGAGGAGGAAGAAGAAGAAUGUGAGGGGCCUGAGGAGCAGGGCCAACGUCCCCUGGCCCUGACCUAUGAGCCGCCCGCUGAGCCUGAAUCUGGAGACUCCAGGCUGGAGGGCUGGAUUUCACUUCCCACCAAGAACACGAAGCGCUUUGGCUGGGACAAAAAAUAUGUGGUGGUGAGCAGUAAGAAGAUUCUGUUCUAUAACAGCGAGCUGGACCGAGAGCAAGCCAACCCCUUCAUGACCCUGGACAUCGAUAAACUGUUUCAUGUCCGACCCGUCACUCACACUGACGUGUACCGUGCAGAUGCCAAAGAAAUUCCAAGGAUUUUCCAGAUCCUUUAUGCCAAUGAAGGCGAGAGCAAACGUGAUCAAGAAGUUGUAGUGGAGACUCCGGCGUACAGCGACCGUCCCUCCUACAUCAGCCACAAGGGCCACGAGUUCAUCCUCACUCUGUACCACUUCCCCUCCAGCUGUGAGGCCUGCACUCGGCCCCUUUGGCACGUCUUCAAGCCCCCGCCGGCCCUCGAGUGCCGCCGCUGCCAUACCAAGGUCCACAAAGACCACCUGGACAGAAAGGAGGAAGUUAUUGUACCCUGCAGGGUGAACUAUGACAUGUCCACCGCCAAAGAUCUGCUGCUGCUGACUAACUCUCAGGAGGAGCAGCAGCGUUGGGUUAGUCACCUUCUCAAACGCAUCCCGAGGAAACAUCCCACAAUGAGUCCUCCAUCUGCAGCACAGAACAACUCUAUGGAAGCUACGUCUCUCUCCUCUCCGAAAGUCUCCCCACGACCUUCACCAAGAGGCUCUCCUCACAUGUCCCACCGUGGAGCCAUCAAGAUCCAGGCCAGUAGACAGCAGCAGUCGCCGGGGAAGCCAAGACUGCUUGAGUUUGACCUGAAAGACUGGAGUUGGUCGUUGGAUGAUGUCGGUAAUGAUGAUGAUGAUGAUAUGUUCUUCUGAAGGAAGUGAAACUGGAGGGUCAGAGGUUAACCCUGGCUAAUCAGAGACGUGUAUUUUCAUCCGUGUGGAUUAAUGAUGGUGGUCUGGACGCAGAGGAUGCAUGUGCUGUUUGUUCAGAGAAGUAGACUGUCACAAAAAAAAACGAGAGAGGAAAAAAAAGAAACACUAAUCAUGGACAGAAACAUCCACAGAAACUGGCUGUCGUCAUGAGAACUGGGAUUGUCUUUGUCAUUUUAACAAGAGGAGAAUCAGCACCGUCUUCAGAUUACAGAGAAAAGAUACGACCUUAUCUCGACAUUUGAUGAUUGAAACUGCCUUAUUUUAUAAUCACCAGCGUGACAAAAACACAGACAUUUCUUUUUCUGUCAGACUCACUUUGAUUUGUGUUGGUGAAAUGUUAAGCAUGUGUGUGAACAUUUGUAUAUAGGAUGAAGAGAUCUGUCUGUGUACUGUUACAAAGAAAGUGUAGCUGAUAGUGUGUGAUUGUUUUAUUUUCAUGGAUAUAACUCAGCAGCACAUUAUACAUUAUAUGCUUUCCAUGUACAUGUAUGAAUACAGCUGUUUUUCCUCCUGAAUGGAAGAUUUUACAUCUUUACAAGCCUUGAUUUCUUGUUUUGUUACACAAAGUAUAUCCCACCACAGCAUAGUGCAGAAUAAUGUGAAGUGAACAGAGACCAUUUGUGUUUUUUCCUGCCACUCAUGACAAUUAUUGAUUUUUCGGUCAUGUUUAAGAUGUCAUAUGUAGGAAUUGAGGGUGAUGCAUUAAAAAAAAAACAUGCAAAAAAGCAAUGCUUGCAGCAUUUUGAUCGAUCGGUUCGUGGCUCUAAUGUUGUAUUUUGUGCACUGAUGUCCCACACGAAAGCUUUCUGACCCCCCUUUGAGGAUAAUGAGGAGACUGCAUCUAAAGCAGCAGUGAUGUAAUGUAUGAAAUAUGAUCACAGAAUCAAGUUUCUGUUACUUUUUGAUGAAAGAAUUGUUGGAAACUAUACCUACAUCUUCUCAAGUUUUACUGUAGUGCUAAAUUCAUAGAAAAGUAUAUGUAAAAUUGUAAAAAUAUGACAUAAAAGUACUACUCAAUUACGUUACUGAAGCAAAAACAAUAGCCGGUCAUUGUUUGGUAAUAUAGACACAUUCUAAAUAGAUAAAGGUUAUAAUAAUGCUGUAGUGAACCUUCCUGCAGAGGUAAUACAUGUGACUACUGUGUAUUUUAGGAGACUAUUUGAACUGUACUAGAAUAGGUCUGUCUCUAUCUCACAAGUGCAUGCGGAGUGAGUGGGCUUGACUGAAAUAAAUCUUUCAGAACAGCCUAAAGCCAACUGGCACUCAUCAUACAUAAUGUAGCGGUUCAUCAUGUUGCCCAUCUGCUAAAAUCGUAUUUCAUGCUGCAGGUCUAAUCCAUUCUCUCUAUCAGCUGUGUGACUGUAUGUUCCGCUUAAAUUACCACUGAAUGAAAGCUGCUGUACCUGCCUGCUGUGGUCUCAGGUAGCACGCAGCCUCCUCCUGCUGUUCUCUCUUCCUCCCCAUCAAUAUACAUUCAAUUAUUUUAUCUGGAGUCUUUUAAUUUAUGUUUUAAAGACCUGUAAGUUUCUUCCAGCUGUGGUGUUUUCAAGUGCAGGUGCUCAUAUUUAAGCGCAAACUUAGCUGAAGUCAUAUAA